ACGAUGCCUCGGGAUUUAUCUCGAUCUCGAUCACCUUCGUAUAGGCGGAGGCAUUCACCAUCCCCCUUAGGGCAUAGGUAUUCCAGGAGAAGUCGAAGAGACAGAAGUCGUUCACCGUAUUCAUCUUAUAGCAGGUGAUCCCGUUUAUGUUCUUAGUUUUAUUUACUUUCGUUUAAUCGCGUGAAUAAUCGGUAACAAUUUAUGAAAAGAACGACACCAUGUCUUCUGAUGCGAUUUGGAUUUCACUGACAUCGGAGUUUCUGCAUGAAUCUUGCCCCUUUUGCUGAAAAUUUCCCCGUUUUUCUGUCUAAUAUGAAGGCUAUUCAGUGUUGCCCUAAAUUUACUUUUCUCUUGGACUUGUUCUGUGAUGAGGUAAGAGGACUUUGAUUACACUAAUUGAAGGCUCGUUUAUGGUAUAUUCUGAUUAUUAUAAUACUGACAGGAAACAGUAUUAGUAUCUUUGUUGCUGUGCUUAUUGGGUUUUCGUGUUUAUUUUAUUGUUUACUUACAAAAACUGAUCUUUAUAUAUAAAUAGUCGAAGUUAGGUUUGGAUAUCUUUUUUGCUUCAUUCUCAUUUAAAAAGAACAGCUAGGCUUUCUUGACGUUCUCUUUUCAGAUUGAGUCAUAUCUUCCAGAUCUUCUCGACCUCUUUUAUUGUUUAUGUGCUCAUGAUUGGUAGGCUGUACUUGUGAUUUGCUAAUUUGAAUUUCACAUAAAAUUUCUGAUUAUUGUGGCAUAAUCGUCAAGUAUCUCUGGAUGGUAUUUAAUCUUUGAGAAACAUUUGUGGCAUAAUCGUUUGUUGAAAACAGUGAGUGAGGGAGAAAAUUUAAGUCUUUGGGGAAAAACUCUAAAAUAUGGUGUAAAGCAAACAGAAUAGACAUGAACUUGGUAACAUAAUUGAGAAAUAAGUCAGUUCUUCCUAUCACAUGGGAAGUGACCAGGUUAUGGGUGCUGAUGGGUGUCCUGUCAUUGCUCGAUUGUGACUUUGCUUCUUCAUGUGAUGUGAUAAAAGAUGGAGCUCACAAAGGUUUAUUCUUAACAAUGUAUGAGAAGAAAAAGCCGCUCAAUUUCCCCAAGACGCCAUAGAAGUUCACGAACACCAAGACGCCAUAGAAGUCGUUCUCCAACUUCAAGGAGUUACAGGAAGCAAAGACGACGAAGUUCCUCAUCAUCUCUGCAUCCUAGAUCUUCUGGAUCUAGCCCUGGAUCCAUUGAGCAGAAAAGUACCAGCGAAAAAUUCAGAAAGGAAGAGGAAGAGAGAAAACGGCGACAAAAGGUGACAGAGGCUAAAUUUCUUGAAAAAGAGACAACAAAAAGAUUGGAAGAAGCCAUUCGUAAGAAAGUCGAAGCGAGCCUGAACGACGAUGACGUUAAGGUGGAAAUUAACAGUAAGAUGGAGGAGGGACGGAGAAGGCUUAACGAAGAAGUGGCAGCUCAACUUGAGAAGGAAAAGGAAGCUGCCCUUAUCGAGGCCCAACGGAAAGAGGAAGAAGCUAGAAAAGAGAAGGAAGAAGUAGAAAGGAUGGUGGAGGAGAGGCGGAGGAGAGUAGAAGAGGCUCAGAGAAGUGAGGCUUUAGAGAGACAACAGAGGGAGGAGGAGAGAUAUAGGGAACUUGAAGAGCUACAAAGGAAGAAAGAAGAAGCCAUUAAGAGGAAAAAACAGGAAGAAGAUGAACAGCGACUUAACCAGAUGAAGCUUUUGGGUAAAAACAAAUCACGCCCCAAAUUGUCAUUUGCCAUUGGCUCUAAAUAAUUAAAAUAUUUGUCCAAAAUGAAGAAAAAAAGUAAAUGUUUAGUUUUCUUUUAAGUCGUGAAUUUGACUCGAUUGUUCUCACGUUCUCACACUUCGUGUAAUUCGUGUAAUUUGGGAUGACAUUUUUUUUUUAACUUAAUGCCAUUAUGUAUUCCUUCCUCUCU